GAUCCACUACAGAGUAUAUCUCUUGACCUUCGUCGCUUUCCAAUACCUUUCGUUCCUGCCCGUAGCUCUCUCGUCUUUUAUUUUCUCUCCUGUGCGCAUCGUUGUUUUGGCUGCGUACGGCUUUCCUUACCUUUUGCCUUAUCUUCGUGACGUCAAGACCAUCUCGUGAUCAAACAAACCCUCCAAACACUUAGGUCUUCACCAUUUACCAGAUCCGACCAUGUCUCUCGGUGAGAGGGCAGGGUCUUUAGCAUCGUACGAGCAUGGCCGUGGUCUUUCUCCGACAGGAUCUCAGCGGAGGAAGCUGAGUUUCAACCCGCUUGACUCGUGGGUCUUACCUACUGCGCCACAAGAGCCGCUGACCGCCUUUGAAACCUCCGCCACCAAGCGACUAUGCCAGGUAAUUGCUGCGGUAGUCUAUUGUUUGUUCGCCGCAGGCAUAGUGUUUGGCUUUGCUGCCCUGAAGCCAGUACUCAUCGAGCGAGGCGUCUACCGCGAUCGCUGCACUCAAGAUGAGCUGGAUGAGCACGUUCGAGUGUGUUAUGGGCAAGAAAUAAGGCUCAAUUUCAUGUUCACGCUGGCCGUCGUUGCUACCAAUGUUGUCGCUCUUCCCGUCGGCACCGUUCUCGACCGAUUUGGUCCUCGUAUCUGCGGUAUCAUCGGUUGCGUUUUCCUGACGAUUGGUGCCCUUGCCUUUGCCUUCGCCGAGAACCUCUCUUUCGAUGGAUAUAUCCCGGGUUACCUGUUCUUGGCUCUGGGAGGUCCUUUUGUCUUCAUCCCCUCGUUCCAGCUCUCCAACACGUUUCCACGUCACUCGGGCCUCAUCCUUUCUAUGCUCACUGGCGCCUUUGAUGCAUCGAGCGCCGGUUUCCUCGUCUAUCGUCUGAUUUACAGAGCUUCCAACCGCGUUUUCUCGCCCAAGAAGUUCUUUUUGUGCUAUCUUGUCGUUCCAGCUUUCAUCUUGAUUGCUCAAAUUUUCCUGAUGCCCAAGGAAUCAUACAAGACCGUGAGUGAGAUCCUCAAGGAAGCGGAAGAGGAGGAAGCCACCGAUGCUGCAACGGACCAAGUAGAGGAGGACGAGGCCGCCGUGAGGGCUCGAGCCGAACGUCGUGUCCGCCGCGAAAGCCGGGUGUCGGAAGUCACCUCGCUUUUGAGCACCAAGGACGCAGAACGCCAGCACCAACGAGAAGAAAGAAAAGAGGCCAUUAGUGGAAUCUGGGGUGCCAUGCACGGCCGUACAGCAUGGCAGCAGAUUUGGAGUUUCUGGUUCCUUUUGAUUACGCUCUUCACCGUUAUUCAAAUGACGCGGAUCAACUUUUUUGUCGCCACCAUUCGCUCCCAGUACGAGUAUCUUUUCAAGAGCUGGCAAAAGGCUGUCAAGAUCAAUGAGUUUUUCGACAUUGCUCUGCCGCUCGGGGGCCUUGUCUCGGUUCCCUUUGUCGGUGUGAUUCUCGACAACCUUAGCACUCCGAUAGUGCUCACUCUUCUGGUCGGAUGCGCCAUUCUCAUUGGAGUGCUCGGUCUCUUUGGCGCCAUGUGGACAGCGUAUUUGAACAUUAUUCUCUUUGUCGUUUACCGUCCUUUUUACUAUACUACAGUCUCUGACUAUGCGGCAAAAGUUUUUGGCUUCCAGACUUUUGGCAAAGUUUAUGGUCUCAUCAUCUGUCUGGCUGGACUCUUCAACUUUACCGAAUCCGGUCUCGACGCGUUGACCCAUCGUGUCUUUCACAACAAUCCCGUGUCUGUGAACCUGAUCUUGCUCGGCUUGGCAGCCAUUGUUGGCUCCUGCCUUGUUGGAUUUGUCACCUACAAGGCUCGGACUAUCAGGAGAUCCCAAUUGGAAGAUGAGGCUGAAGGUGCCUCUGAACAGCUCAUGCCUGGUGCCUCGGACUCGGCUUAGAUGGCCACGAGGAAAAGAAGAUUCUCAAAAUCUCUUGUCAAGAAUGCUUGGCGUUUGUUCUGCAGCGCAUGGCUCUAAUUUCUUCUUAUAUACCUCAUACUUCUUUGAAUGUAUUUUUUCCCUUCUCAUCUCCCAUUUGC